AAUCAAUCACAUACAACCACAACCACCACCUGUAUGCAAUACUGCGAAUUUACCCCCGGAAAAAGAAAAUUAAUCGGAAAUGGAAGCCCUUACCACCACUACCGGCGCCGUUUCGCUGCCGAUCUUCUCCCCCAAUAAAUCCAGAGAACCUUCUUCCCGCCGGCUCCUCCGCUUCUCCACCUCCCCCAAAAAUGAUGCCAAUCGUAGUAACAGUGGCGGCGAACCCGAUUUCAAGCCCGAUUCUUCCGAAUCCUCGCUCGUCCCCAUCAACAGAAAUCGCUUCAUUUCCCAGGAUGCAGCGAUGGGGCUGGUUCUGAGUGCAGCCAACGUGAGGGGAUGGACAACCGGGUCGGGUAUGGAAGGCCCAUCCAUGCCCGCGGGAUCCGACCCUAAUUCAGGUAUGGAUCGGGUGUCCACUUUCCCGUGGUCGCUCUUCACCAAAUCCCCCAGACGCAGAAUGCGCGUGGCCUUCACGUGCAACGUAUGUGGCCAGCGCACCACACGUGCCAUCAAUCCACAUGCCUACACUGACGGCACCGUCUUUGUCCAGUGUUGUGGGUGUAAUGUAUUCCAUAAGCUGGUGGACAAUUUGAAUCUGUUCCACGAGAUGAAAUGCUAUGUGGAUCCAAGUUUCGACCCGAACCCGAAUGAUCAAAUGGGCUUCAAGUUUUUUGACUUGGGUGAUGACACUACGAAUGAUGAUAUUUUCCCACUCUUGUGAGCAUUUCACAAAUGUUGUUGGGAUUGUAAUAUGUAAGAGAAAUUGGUUUUGUAUAUAUUGCUGUCUGUACAUUCUAUUGCUCUUAUACAUGCGACUGUAUUUUAAUUUUAGUACAUGUAAAUACGAAGGUUUCUAUUGUGACGAUCAGGGAACUAAAUAGUUCCCGAUGUUAAUAUUUAACGAAUUAUUGUACACAUA